AUGCCCCACACUAGUAGCAGCCGCGAGCAGCUUCUCGAAACCCUCCUCGAGUAUGAAAUGGAAAUCCCAGAGGCUGAGGCGGCCGCCGCGGAGGCCCAGAGGCGCUACGAAUCUGCCAGGGCAGAGUUUGAGUAUCUCUACAAUAUGAAUCGGCGCCUGACACAACAAUUGGCUCGUCUCCAGCAGCAGCUCGAAGGGCGGCGGCCGCGGCGAUUCUACUGA